GUAAAAGACUCCUACCUUGCAAAGAUGCUGAAACAGAUACUGUCGGAAAUGUAUAUAGAUCCUGAUCUGCUGGCAGAGCUCAGCGAAGAACAGAAACAGAUCCUGUUCUUCAAGAUGAGGGAGGAACAGAUCCGUCGAUGGAAAGAAAGAGAAGCAGCAAUGGAAAAAAAGGAGCUCGUGCCAGUGAAAUCCAGACCAAAGAAAGAGAAUGGCAAAUCUGUUCAUUGGAAACUGGGAGCUGAUAAGGAAGUCUGGGUCUGGGUGAUGGGUGAACACCAUCUAGAUAAGCCCUAUGAUGUGCUCUGUAAUGAAAUUAUUGCUGAGAGAUCCCGGCUGAAAGCAGAGAAAGAUGCAGAAGAGCUCAGAAAAACUCAAAACAAAGAGUUCACAAAUAGUCUAAAAACAACAUCAUGCUACUAUGACGCGCAGGAACCAGACAACUUGGAGACUCGGGACAUGUGUAAGAAAGUAAUAGAAGAGAAGUUGGGGCAGCUCUCUAGACCAGCAAACCCCCAGGAAAAAGAGAAAACUACAUCACCCUCCAGUUCCUCAAGAAAUGUUCAACAAAUGUUGGCAGAUUCUAUCAAUCGUAUGAAGGCACAUGGAUUUCACCAGAAAAAAGGAUCUGUGAAGAAUACACAAGAUGAAGAAGUAAAACAAGUAGAUGAAGAGAAAACCAAGCAAAUCUAUAAGAACUGGAAGGAAGAUUCUGAGUGGCAGGCAUCACUGCGAAAAUCUAAAGCAGCCGAUGAGAAGAGACGAUCCUUGGCUAAACAAGCACGGGAAGACUACAAGAGAUUAUCUUUAGCUGCCCAAAAAGGAAAAGGCGAGGGGUCACAGAGCCUCCCAUGCAUUCCACAAAAACCGAAAAGACCCCCACUUCCACCCAAACCUUUAUUUCUGAGCCCCACUGGAUACCCUCAAAAAUCUCUCAGAAAUCAGGAUGUGGCAAGGACAUCAUCCAGCUCUCUCCAGGAAGAGAUCAUCCGUUGGUUUAAAGAGGAGCAGUUCCCCCUGCAUGCUGGCUACGAGAAAACUUCAGCAACCAUUGCUCCCUGGUUCCAUGGAAUUAUAACACUAAAAAGAGCAAAUGAACUUCUGAGCACAUGUGUGCCAGGCAGUUUUCUAAUCCGUGUCAGUGAGAAGACCAAAGGCUAUGCCCUGUCCUAUUUGUCUGAGGAAGGAUGUAAACACUUCCUCAUUGAUGCCUCCGCAGACUCCUACAGCUUCCUGGGCGUCGACCAACUACAGCACAACACACUGGCAGACUUGGUGGAGUAUCACAAGGAAGAGCCAAUCACCUCGCUGGGGAGGGAGCUCCUUCUGUAUCCCUGUGGUCAGCAGUCCCAGCCACCGGACUACUUGGAGCUCUUUGAGUGACAGCCCCA